UUCGGCCGGCAGGGGGCACUCGACUAGCUAAGAGGCGACGCUUUCAUGGAGGGGGCGGAGGCCGGGGUGCGGGAGGGGGCCGCUGUGGCCCAGGAUCUGUUAGCCUUGGGGUAUGAGGGUUUCCCAGGGACAGCGGCGCUGGGCCCCUCGUGCCCAGACUUCAGGGCGCUGUGCGCGCGGCUGGCGGCGGAGCUGGCGACUCUGGGUGCCCUGAAGCGGGAGCGAGAGGAGGGCGCGGAGGUGCUGAGCGCCAGCGACGGCCCCGGCGCCGAGGAGGAAUUCCUGCGACAGCUGGCCGGCCUGCUACGGGAACUGCACUACCCGGACCGCGCGCUCUGCGGCGGAGACUGCGCGACCGCGCUGCAGAAACCCGGCACAUGCCUGCGCCUGCUGCGCUUUCUCUGCACCGAGCUCCAGGCUGCCCGGCUCCUCCGCCUGCAUCCCCAGCUGGAUCCCAGUCAGGCAGCACUCCCGCCCGGUGGGAAAGAGGCAGAGGAGGAACUCAUCCUUACUCUCCAAGCCCUAGGGAUGCCCAGACCCACUCCCGGGACCCCUGCCAGCCGGCUGCUGUGGGAGUUGCAUGCCAAGGGCCCAUGGGGAACUGUGGUCCACAGAGAGUCCUUAACAGUUUCUGCCAAGUCAGCCUCAGACUCCUCCUUCUCUCAUCAGAUCUCAGAGCUGCUGCCUUCCCUGCCUCCAGGGUCACUGCAACCCCUCCUCAGCUACUCACUGGACGCACCCAGAUGGGAAGCGUUGGAGUCUCUGUGCCAAAGCCUGAGAGAUCAGUACUGUUGCCGCCGCUGCCUUCUCCUCAAGCGCCUGGACCUCACAACAUCUGCUUUCCACUGGAGUGAUCGGGCAGAGGUCAAAGGGGAGGCCAUGAAGGCCGUACUGAUCCCAAUUCGAGAGGCUCUGACCCCAGAAUCGGAUAUCUCCAUUGCACACGUCCUGGCUGCCCGAGCUGACCUGUCUUGUCUUGUCCCAGUCACAAACAAGGCUGCCCGCCAAGGGACCUGCUGUGCCAUCAACAAGGUGCUCAUGGGCAACGUGCCAGACCGAGGGGGUCGCCCAGAUGAACUGGAGGCUCCCAUGCCCACCUGGCAAAGCAGAAGAGAGGAUGGAGGCGGGAGGAAAGCAGGCCGCCAGUACUGGAGCCGCAAGAAGAAGAAGAAGUAGUAAAGGAUGGUUGGGGAAGGGAUCCCCUAUGAGAUGCUGACACCGUUGAUAAUCUCUGGGGAGUCAGUUUGAGGGCUUCUCUUGGCACCUGGCACCCGGGACCCACAUCCUGUUCCUGAGGCUCCAAAUGUCUUCUCCCCCAUCCACCACGCAACGCCAAGGACCAAGGAAAAUAAAUUUAAUUUAUGACGC